AUUGCGAGAGACACUCCAUCGCCCACUCAAGCGAGGGUUUUUAAACACUGUACACCCACGUCGACACCAUCAAGUCAACCGUCGCCUGUCGCCUCCCGCCUGCAUAUCAUCCAUCCAUAUUCGUCCGUCAAUCACGCCUCUUUUUACCAGAGAGCCGGUUGCCGUACCAAGAACCCUUUCUCUCCAAACUGUCCAAACUUUGCCUUGCAAAUCGCUGCAUAACGUCUCUCGUUCGGCUAGGUUUCAGCUUCGACUUCAUCUAUCGGGCCCAGCCUGAGGUCUCUAGUCAUCUAAUUACGAGCAUCCAAUAUCUACCAGCCCUCUAAAGAGUCCUGUCGCUCUGUCUCCCAGUUCCAUCCGGCUCCAAUCCUCCCGUUUCGCUACAGCCGUCCACCUUGACCUGUUUUUCCUGGUGCCGCACUUGUACUCUGCUGGCCGCGGUUCCCUCGUGGGCUGCCACGCGCAUCGAACCCGAGGGGAAUCCAUUGGGACAAUACAAACCCGUGGGCAGGCAGGCAUCGAGCCAGUUUGGUUGGUUGUGUUUUUUUGUGUUCUUUUUUUUUCGCGGUACAACCACUUUUAGAUUACAUCUGGGGCUCUCUGGCGCAUUACGAGGUCCAGCUUGUUUCCCCUUGGGGCCAUCUAGCCACACUUGGAUUGAAUCUGCCCUACCUUACUCCACGGAACGGAUACUUCCUCGACCACGGCGCUGUCUGCCGGGUUCAUUACUCUUUGGCUCUGCAUACACCACGCUACCUACUUACAACCGUCCGGUAGUAGUACUAUUGCCUUUCCACUUUCCCCCUCCUUCGAUCGUCUCUGCCUACUGGGUUCGGUUCUUCUUUUUAGUCUCAUCUGUCCCCGUCCCGGCGCAGACUUUCUUGGACUUGGGACUCCUGGUUUCCAUUAUUGGCUGGUUCGUUCCCCUUUGAAAUGGAAGGCUAGUGCUUCUUGUCGUCUGCUUGUCCGUGUGUCCUCCGCUCUCGCUCGUCUUUUCUGCCUCGCCUCAACUUCCGGGUCUUGUCUCUCACACACGCUCGCUCACUCUCUCACAUACGUACCUAGUUGCCCCCAUUUUAGCACCGGUCUCUAUUUGGAUCAUUGUUGCUUUUUCCCCUUUCCUUCCCGUCCACCUUAACAUUUGAUUUCUUUUCCCUCUCUUCCUCUUUACUCCCCUCACUCCCCUUCUCACACUGAUGAAUCUUGCCGGCAUCGACCCAUAUCUGCAUCCCUUCCAUGUUAUAAGACUGAACCCCGAGACUACCGCUUACAGUCCUUCACACCAACAACCCGAACACGCCCUAUAGCAUCUCUCCUUACCAUCAUCACAAGCUUCCCCUGUUUUUCCUUUACAGCUAAACCCCUCCCCUCCCCAAGGCUACAUAGACCCGCGUCUAGCCUCGCAGCGCGCUACGAGCAGCAAAAGUGGUUCCCGGUCCUGCUCCAUCCACAUCACGAGCCUCAACGCGAGCCCCAACCCCCAAUCCGAUACCCGCCUCGCCCACGCUGCACAGCCUCUUCUAUCCCCCCCCCCCCCCAUUCCUAGCCAAGCCUGAACCUCAGGUCACCAACCUAUCCUGCUCAUCUCAAGACAAGAUCGGUCCGGCCGGCGCUUGCUCUUGCUCUGACGAAUCGCAUCUUGCGUCAAGGCGACUCGGUGGUCGCUGAGACCCUGGUGCGGCUUCAUUGCCCAAGCAGAUCGUGCAGGGGCCGGCUUGUAAUGUUGGACAUCGUGGUGCAUGCGGCAUCUGGGAUCUUCCUGGUAUCAAACCUGACACCAGUUUGACAAGUCAGCGCGAUAUCCACCUCACUCGCUGGCUUUUUGUUUUCCAAAAUCUAAACUUCUCUGACGACUCACAAGACAUUAACGACUCGUCGCCAAUUCUUCGUCUUGUCUUCCCGAACCUUCAGGCGUCAGGGCAUGAAGUAGACCUGCGCUAGCUUCGCCGAGCUUGUCGCGACAAGCAAGUCUGGACAGUUAACUUCCUUGCUCCUCCCCAUCCUUCACCACGUCCGCCAUCUUCCUUCCCAAGUCAAAUCAUAAAAGCCACUUCUAUUACCCGCCGCCCAAGGAACCUGCCAGCCCGUCCCGUGCUGUCCUCUGCUCGGCUCGACAUCAGACAGACCCUACAUCGGCAUCACACAUCAGGCCCUCCGCCUCUCAAGUCCACGCUCCCUUACCUAUUAUCUCAAUCAAAAUUCGAACCAUUAUCGAACUGACAGCUCUCCCGCGCGACAUUAUCACCCACCACCGUCACUGCCAGGUCGAGUCUUGAUAACCCCCUCCCCCCUACUCAUCCUUCUGUUCUUGCGACACGACUGGUACCUUUUCCGGUUUACUCGGACGAGGCAUACACACUUCGAAUAGAGAAAAGAGUUCCGCGCGCGUUCUCGACGAAGUUGAAAAGUACGGAUCCUUGCCGACGCCACACGCCGAUUUUUGGAACAAAGGGAAGGACAACGAGGGAAAGACAACGGGGUUUUCACUUAGACACGACAACCGGACGGUCUCGUGACCGAUCCGACGGCCCAACCUGGCCCUACUGUACACAUCGCCAGCUCCGUUGCCGCCGGCGCAUACGGUAGGCUUGCCCUCGGAGCCGACCGGCGACCAAACCCCUCGUGGGAUGGAUGAUCCCAACCGCCGUCGGAGGCAGAAUGAAGCGCCCAUGCAUCCCACCUCCAACCCAAGAUACAACGUUCAAGACCCUUUGCAGCAGCGCCGCACAAUGGCCACAGGCUCGACGGAGCGAUAUAACCGGCCGGCGCCGCUCAACACCUCGCCUUCGCAAGGGCGGGGUAGCAUGGGAAGCACGGGUAGCUACAGCACGUACAACUAUCAGGAACCGGUAGCAGGCUCUUUUAACGCGCCCAUGGCGACCAACACGAUGCACUAUCCUUCGGGAUAUGGCCAGGACGGCCGCCCGGCGCAGAACUUUGGCGGAUACAACGCGGCCAUGACCAUGGGCUACGACAACCUAGCAGGCGCAACGGGCUCCGUCUACGAUAACCAGGCACAGUUCCAGCGGCAGCCUGCAGCUGCUCCCAUCCUGCCAACAGACGUGUCGACGUCGUAUUUCUCCAACGAUCCGAGCAGUAGUACGGGAACCUCCAACAUUCCCCAUGCGCAACCUGCCAGCGCCACAGCGACGGCAUAUCAACAGCCGCAAAUGGCUAACUACCAGGCCAACAUUUCCAACGUGGGCGGGAUGCCACAGCAGACAGCGAGUGCCGACGUAUCUAUGGAAGAGCAGGAUUACUCUGCCACGGGUGGCUUGGAGGAGAAAUGGAUGGAAUACCAGUCGGCGCUGCGAGGUGUCUUCCAGAAUGUCCGUAACGGCGUGCUUGAGAGCGCUAGCCAGUCGCUUCUGGAUGUGUCGAACUGGCUGCUCACGCAAGUUGUCGAUCUCGGACUCAACCUUGACGACCAAAACCUUCACGGUGACCGGAUUAAGCUCUGGAACGACUUCAACCACGCAUGGCUCGCGCUUUUCCAGAUGCAGAAGGACAUGAUGGAACCAGGGAGACAGUUGCAACGAUCGCAAACCUUGAUCACUAAAGAAGGGUUGGAAAAGAUGGGUAAAGAGCUGGUUCGGCUUUGCGACGGUAUCGAGCGCCACGGCCUCGUCGAUUACCAGUAUGGUGUUUGGGAGCAACAGAUCAUCGAGAUACUUGAGGCUUGCAUCGAUCAAUAUGAAGCAAACGAAGAAUCCAGCGGCAACAGCGGUGCAGCCCAAACAGGUUCUGGCUCUCAUCAAGGGAGUCGAUGAGGCGCACUGCAAGAGGGUUCGGUCGUCUGCUGAGCCCUGAGAUCAACCUCUCAGAAAUGACUGCAUCUCAGGGCAUGCGGAAAUACCUUUGAACAAAUUCGGGCUGGGCUCGGGUGGGCGGCUUCUUUACGGAUUCGCUAUUUCUCUUUUACACACCCAUGACGGCCUCGUUUUUCUUUAUCCGCUCUCCCCUUCGCCACUGUACAUUAUUGGCAUUCGGAACGUCUUGCCACGAGAGAUGGAUAUCCAAGAUGAUGUCACGCGGACUUGGAAUUUAUCAGGAGGAUAGCUGCUCUCAUCGUUCUCGCAUUCCAGAAAACGGCCGGGCAGAUAUCGGAUAUCUAUGUCGGUAUCCCCAAUAGGGCACCACCUGUUGCAUUCUUCUUUUGUUCCUUUCUUUUUUCUUUUAUUGAUACUUCCUUCCUUGCCUUCUUAAGGACACAUUUUCACCAAUGUCGACGACCAGGUUGUCCACCCGAGCAAGGUGAGGCAACGGAAUCGAAAGAGGACAGAAGCUGGGUGGCAUUUUGGGAUCUUUCCAGGGGCAUGUGCAGUAAGGGGUGUGUGGAAAGGGAGGGUUAAAAAAUGUGGUAUUUACGGGACGGUCAUAGAUGGGCGUACCGGGAAACACCUUUUAUUGUUUAUUGUUUCUUUUCUUUUUUCUCUUUUUCUUCUUUCGAUGGAAUGACGAACGACGAAAUGCUGCGGGUGGCCAACCAAAGGCGCAAAGAAGUGAGGCCGGAUACUCGCAAACGAAGGGAUGAGGAGCAAAAGACAGCCCAUACCAAAAAAGAGGGCUGUGACUGGAAGAGGAGAGGGGGCGUGUGCGUAUGUAAGUAUGUGUGUAUGUCUCUUCCUGUUGUAGAAAUCAUGUAUACCUACCUACGGAGCUGUAGUAGAUCAGGCCGGGACGCUCUCACGAGCUUUGCGCCAUGCAGCGCAAACAUACUGGGUGGAGGGGUGGAGGUUUAUCUGUUUCUUACUGUUUUUUCUUUGAUAUUGUUCGGUUCUGUUUCCUUCUCCGUUUGCCCGUUUUCUUCUUUCUCUUCUCGCUUCUGUCCGAGGGCAGCCUCGGCGACUAUGUAUGUAUGUACGUACGUUCGCACGUACUUGUAAACCCUUGUUGCAAUCAACCAAAGACGAAUGACGCAUAGACGAUGUCGAGUGUCCAAGAGCCGGCGGCCGAGCGCUGCAUGUCGAGCUGGGGGCUCCAGCUGUGCAGACGAGAUGCUACGUGCGGGGCUGUUUCAAUCAAGAGUUGGUUGGUAUCGAAUCUGGUUGGUCGUUGAAGAUGCUGGCCUCGGGCGGCGCCUCACCGUCGAUCUUUCUGCCCUACGCUUAUUUGAUCAACAAGGCGCGUCAUG